GUAGGAACAAGGUGGUUUUAAUGUUAUGGAUGAUCGGUGUAUAUCCUUUGGACUUGUGUGUCUACCCACAUCUGAAGUAAAAUGUCAAUCCAGGAAAGAGUUUAAUCACCACUUCUGUGUAAUAUGAAACACACAUACAUGCUCUGAGGGAUGAAGUGUCCACUAGUGGGAGGGAGGAUAUUAGGUGGCCAAUCGCUGCCGUUGGCUCUCUAGUGUGUGUUGGUUUCCUUUUACAGUGUGUCUGCAACUUGGUCUAUUUUGAAGACCCACACAUACACACAGCUGCACCUGACAAUCUGCUGAAGGAAGGCUGAUCGGUGGCCACUAAUCCUGAGUUGUGACUCAGCCUGAGUGAUGAUGGGAGGAAAACAGAGGAAGAGCGCUUAAUAUGGAGGAAUACUGACCGGCCUUUUAUUUUUCAAGUAGUUUUGCGAAAUAUAUUCACCGCUGGAGUCGGCUUUUAGCAAAACCUAACAGCUCUUUGCCAAUUUGCUGUUCAUAUCAAGUUGCAUUUUGUUGGUAUCCAUGGGAAGUGGCUGAUUUCUAGAACCCACACUGCUGCAAGCUCUGAAUUAGAUCUGUCCAGCGAAUCAGAAAGCGAUGGUCAAGCUCUACUGAGCUGUGCAAUGGCUCAGGCUCUACGGUAGGCCAGGUAUGCUCAACUUCGCACUGCAAAGCUACCCAACAUCACUCCAACAACCAUGAAAAGGUUCAGCAGCCUUCGAGGAAUCAAGAAACACAAAGAGCACGAGGGAAGGACGGGAAGACGCCAGUCUGAUCCCCACGGCCUUUUAAAAACCACAUCUGGAAUCUCGUCAUCUCCCACCACUCCAACACAACUAACCAAACCGUCACCACCGUUUGUUCAUGAGGUGAACCGCGAUGACCCUGACUGUCCAGAGGAAAGAAUACGCUCCCUUUCCUCUCCACCAGAUACUGGUCAGCGCUUUAGUUUUCCCUCAGCCAAGCCACCACUCGCCCUAUCCUCAGCACCUGUUUCUACCUCACGCAUGGUUCGCGGUUUGUCUGAAGGCAUGCUGGAGAAACUUGACCUCGAAGAUGAAGUUGAAGAGUCUGAAAGCGAUAUUUACAUGCGAUUUAUGAAGUCCCACAAGUGCUACGACAUUGUUCCCACUAGUUCCAAGCUGGUGGUGUUUGACACUACGCUACAGGUAAAGAAGGCCUUUUUUGCCUUGGUGGCUAAUGGAGUUCGAGCAGCUCCGCUAUGGGAGACGAAGGAACAGAGUUUUGUAGGAAUGCUAACAAUCACAGACUUCAUCAAUAUACUUCACAGAUACUACAAGUCACCCAUGGUGCAGAUAUACGAGCUAGAGGAACACAAGAUCGAAACGUGGAGAGAACUCUAUUUACAAGAAACAUUUAAACCUUUAGUCAACAUAUCACCGGAUGCAAGUAUAUUUGAUGCAGUUUAUUCACUAAUCAAGAACAAAAUUCACCGCUUACCAGUCAUCGACCCUGUCAGUGGAAAUGCACUUUAUAUCCUCACGCACAAGCGGAUUCUCAAGUUCCUGCAACUCUUUGUGUGCGAGAUGCCAAAGCCUGCCUUCAUGAAGAAAACACUAGAGGAGCUAGGCAUCGGGACAUACAGCAAUAUUGCUUUCAUCCACCCUGACACACCCAUCAUUAAAGCUCUGAGCAUCUUUGUGGAAAGGAGGGUUUCAGCCUUACCGGUGGUGGACGAGUCUGGAAAAGUUGUGGAUAUUUACUCCAAGUUUGAUGUCAUUAACCUGGCUGCUGAGAAGACCUACAAUAAUCUGGACAUUAGUGUAACUCAGGCUCUCAUGCACCGCUCUCAGUACUUUGAAGGCGUCAUGAAGUGCAACAGACUGGAGACUCUAGAGACUAUAGUGGACAGAAUAGUCAAAGCUGAGGUGCACAGGCUGGUGGUGGAGAGCGAGGCUGGCUGCAUCGUGGGCAUCGUGUCCCUGUCAGACAUCCUUCAGGCCCUAGUGCUCACUCCAGCAGGUCUGACCAGGAAGGAGAGCAGGGAGGCUGAGUGAUGCAGGUCGGGGUUGUUUAUGUCCGUCAUGCUGCUGGAUAAGAAAGCAGGAGGUGGAUUUGAAACUGGAGCUUGUUCAGACACAGCUUACAGAGUAGGGAAAUAGGUACGAGGUGCGAACUGAAUGCUGCUGAAGGCCAGAAGAUCCGUGGAUGUGCUACGGGGCGACAAGGUGGACCACCAGGGAUCUCUUUCUCCGAGGGAUUCUGCUCUAUGUUACACUAUGAUCACGACCUACAAAAGAUUGCCAUCUAGUGUCCGUUCUGUGUCUGAAGUCACUGUUUAACUUUAGACUGUACCAUCAUUAAUAGGGGAGUUGGGGGGGGGCAUGGACUAGUGGACUAGUCUCAAUUAACCCUUAUAUAGUAAGAGCUUUGCCUUGUCUGUAGAAUUGCACAGUAAUAAAGUGGCAUUUAAUUCUCGUUUUCAAAAAUCCCUGACUGGGGACAGAGAUCUCCUCCUCUCUGUAAAUGGUGCCUUUCGGCCACCAGUUGUCGCCCAUAUUAAAGGUAAAGACAUCAAGAACUGCAAAUGUUCAACAGAAUCAAAGUGAAUGUGAGAGUCUACAAACCAAAAGUAAUGUUUUGAAUAUGUCACUGAUUUUAAAUGUUUAGGUUAUAAUUGUUCCGUCAUUGAAAAGUGCUUUUAUUUCAUCAAGAUUUUUGAAAGUGCUGUAAACAUGGAUUUAGAGGUUUAUUUAUUUGUAUUUUUUUGUCAUUUUUAUUUAGAAAGUUAUAUCUCUAGUGGGAUAGAUAGAGACGUUCUGCCCCUAUGCAUAUGCACGACUUGAUGUUUAGUGCAACUGAAAAUGAAGCCGCUGCCUACGAGCCGUCAUUACUCUUCUCUCCAGUUAUUCGGAGGCAUGUAACAAAAACUCGUACUCCGUAUCAAGCGUACUGUACAUAGAAAGAGUUUCUGAGGUGUAUACAAAGUGCCAGAGAGAGAGGUCUAUUUUUGUGUAUUUACUGUAAAAUGUUUGUAAUAUUAAGGAUUUUGAUUUGCAGGUUCCGUCUGAUUUAUCGUGGCUGUGUUGUUGAUAAAGGUCACUGAAAGCAUCAUGUCCACUGAGAAUGUACAUCACUGGCAUGAAGAUGAUACUACAAUGGUUAAACAUUGUGCUUUUUAUUCAUUUUGCAGUUUGGAAAACAAUAAAUCAUGCUACUGAAUCUU